UUUAGCAACACUACAAUUGCUUUUCCUAACUUGGCUGAGCCUGGUGUGGGCUUGCAGUAGGGGAUAUUUGUCAAUGGUGAAGACUUAAAAAAAACCUCUGGUUGUGGUAUUUGUGGAUACUAAACCUUCAAAUGCUACCACGUAAAAAGGAAUCCUUAUUGGGUUGGUUAUUGGUCGUUGAUUGCGUUCCUUUCCCAAAAAUAUUUUGCAAUACAAGGUCUGUUCAACAUUCUGUGGAAUUUAUUUUAGGUGAGAAUGGGAGGGGAAUCAAGAAUACAAGCACACCUCAAUAGCUAAGUGUCAUGUUAUGAAAAUAGGCUAGUACGCCAGCUGGGCAGUUGCUUUCAACUGUCCACUUAUUCUUGUCAAAGCAGAAAAAAUGAAUUUUUGAACACGCUUAACCUGGGUUCCACAUAGUGACUGAAUUAAGUCUCGCAUGUUGUAGACAAGGCAUGCCUUGUCUAUUCAAUAGUGUGAAUGAAAUUAUGGAUUUGAAACCCCCACAACCUUGACACAUGAAGAUGGCUGAACGGCAUGGAUAAGUGUAUAGUGUGGCUGACAUUCUACAAAGCCUAUCAGAGGGCAAGGUUAUCUAUUACCAUGCUAACUCCAUAAUGGAUUUUGACAAAUUAUACAUUGUUUUUCAGGGAUACAGCUAACUCAAUCUUGCUUCCCUUUCUGCUGAUAACUGGGUGUGAACUCCGCUCAGGCAUUUUAUUAUACGCCAGCUACAUUAGGUUAGCUUAAACCAAGCCAAUCUUUUAAAGCCCCAGUGCAGACAAAAUCCUGCUUUUUCAUGUGUCACAUCUGAUUGAAUGAACACAAAGUGUAAAAAAAUACAAGCGCUGGUUGAAAAUAAAAUCUAGACAGAACCUUCUCAGCAGGUUUGAAUGGGUGGACAUUUUGGCUUGCCUAAUGACAUCACCAAUUGGGGAAUGGACCUAUAUCUAGUAGGUAGGGGCCAAUUUGAGAUUGUGCAAACCUUCUGAAAAGUGAUUGGUUAACCCAGGAUUCCACGUGUUCUCAAUGAAGUACUAAUUUGAACCUGAAGUUGUUUGGUCUUAUGUGGAGUUUGCUUACUGGUAUUGGAAAUUCUGACUGCAUGUUGUCUUGUGUUUAGGUUCAUAUACAAUACUUUUAUUUUUUAUCAACAUUUGUUGGAGAGCAUUUUUCCUUAAUCGUUAACAAGCAAUCUAUUUCAUUCAACACGAUGGCUUCCUCCGGUCACAUGACAACAAUCAUUGAUUUGACCCAUGAUGGCACAGUACUUGAUGCAAUGGAAUCUACAUGCAAUGAUCUCCAUGCAUGUAAUCCCCAUCGAGAUGUGCUCUCAGAACUCUCCUCUAUUGCUUCUACGCAGAGUGAGGUGUUGGACACUGCAGAGCAGCAGAAACACCAGCAUUUGAGGGUCUACUUAAGGGUGAGGCCCUUUUCCAAGGAUGAGAUCUCCAGCAAUGAGGACCAGGGUUGUGUGGUUCUUGAGAAUGCCAGGACUGUAAUGCUGCAUGCGCCCAAAGGCUCUGCUACCAUGAAGAGCAGUGAGAAGGGCGUUGGCCAGGCGAUACACACAUUCUCAUUCUCUCAGAUCUUUGGGCCCGAGACAAAGCAGGCAGAUCUCUUCGAAGGCACCAUCAAAAGCCAAGUUCACGAUUAUCUGGAGGGGAAGAAUGCUCUAGUCUUCAGCUAUGGUGUGACCAAUGCAGGCAAGACUCACACAAUUCAAGGAUCCCAGAAAGACCCUGGUAUUCUCCCCCAGGCGUUGGAUGUCAUCUUUAGACACAUCAAAGGGAGACAGUAUGAGAACAUGGAUCUGAAGCCGUACCUCGGUAGUGACGCUCAGUACCUAGGGCCUGACCAGGUCCAACAGGAACGAAACACCAAAGCAGCUAUAUUUGCUCUACUCAAAGAGGAAAAUGAACCCCCACACGUCAGUGGAGUUUCAUCCCACUCUUCCUCUACUGGAAGCCUCUCUUUCUCAGUCUCCUACGAUAACACAGUUGAGUUUGUGGCUGUGUCUGGGGACCGCAGCCAGUUCGCCCUGUGGGUGUCCUUCUACGAGAUCUACAACGAGAGCGUGUAUGACCUGCUGCAGGCGUCGCCCACCUCCAAGACACAGAGACGCACAGCCCUCCGUGUGUGUGAGGACAGUGCGGGAAACUCGUAUGUCAGAGAUCUAAAGUGGAUCAAUGUUCACAACUCUGAGGAGGCAUGCAAAAUUCUCAGAGUUGGAAAUAAAAACCGAAGUGCUGCUUCCACUAAGAUGAACCAUUCAUCAAGCAGAAGCCACAGCAUAUUUACCAUCAAAUUACUGAGAAUUGAUGGAACUGAGGUUCAGACGAUGUCAGAACUCUCUCUGUGUGACCUGGCUGGCUCGGAAAGAUGCGGAAAAACGAAGACGUUUGGGGAGAGGCUGAAGGAAGCGGGUAACAUCAACAACUCUCUGCUCAUCCUGGGGAAAUGCAUCGCUGCCCUGCGCAGCAAUCAGAGUGACAGGAUGAAGAACGGCUAUAUUCCCUUCAGGGAGAGCAAACUGACCCGUCUCUUCCAGUCCAUCUUCUGUGGGAAGGGCCGAGCCUCCAUGAUUGUGAACAUCAAUCAGUGUGCUUCCACAUAUGACGAAACUCUCCAUGUCAUGAAGUUUUCUGCCAUCGCUAAGCAGGUGGUCCAGCUGAUCCCAACAAAGUGUCUAGAGUCUCUGACCCCGCGGCUGGUGGGGCGCAAUGGGAAGCCUCUACUGAAGAACGGGGUCAUCGAUGACCAGGCUCUAGAGAACUACCUGUCUGAAGAAGAGCUGCUUGAUGAGGAUGAAGCAGACAUGUCCAUUUUACCCCAGGAGGAUCUCCUAAAUGUGAUCGAGAAUCUCAGGGCCAAGCUCCUGGCUGAGCGACGGAAGAACUUGGUCCAGGAGAUUGACAUCCGCAAGGAGAUGGGAGACGCCAUGCUGCAGCAACUCAUGGAGAGCGAAGAACUCAGGAAUCGUCAGGUGGCUGAGCUGAAGGAGAGCUACCAGGAGAAGCUGGAGAACACAUUUGAGAUGUACAAGGAUGCCCUAAAGGACCAUGCCUACCAGAGGGCCCUGGAGCGCAUAGAGGAUGAUUACGUACCCCUUGAGGAGUUCAUCGCUGAGCAGGAGAAAGUAGAGGCACUAGAACAGAAGCUGUCUGAGAUGGAACGGAAGCUGUCUAAGAUGGAGCACAAGCUGUCAGGUUCCACAGUGAGUUCAUCUAUGGUUCCAACCAGAGAGAACUCCAGCCAGACACAGAGCAUCUCACAACCACCACCUGUAGCUAUGCAGGAAGGGUUAACGGGCCAGUACACCAUCUCCCUCGGUGUUGAUUCUAUUUCAUUAACAAACGAAGUCUCAGCAGGGAAUGUCCUCACAGCUGUUUCCAAAGACUCAGAGCAACGCAAACUCCUUUUGAAAGAGAGUGCGAUGGAGAAACUCUGUGAGCAGAAAGAGCUGAUUGUGUCUUUGCAAAAAAGGAUUGCAGUUCUGAAUGAUGCACUACAUGAGGCCGGAGAGCGCUUCUUUGACAAAACGAUAGAAAUAGAAACUUUACAUAAGAAGCUAGCUGACCAGGCACAGGAUCUAGAGAGUAUAGGUAAGGGCAAUCUGGAGAAGGACAAAGAACUGGCAUUGUUAAAAGAAGAGCUGGCCAAGCUAUCCCAGAAGUCCCCUGUCCAGUCCAAGCCCAAGCGGGGUUUCAUGGCCAACAUUAGGGAAUCUGUGACGUCGCCACGAACAAGCACCAUUGCCAGGACACUGAGGAAAUCUGUCCGGACCACACCCUUGCUGAAAAGGCCCUUCCACUAACUACCGUCCUCCCCCACGUUUUAAAAAUGUUUAGGGCUCUAUUCAACUCUAUUGCUGAAGUGUUACAGAUUGCGUGAAAUAAAUACAUUUCCAAAUGUGGUGUCUGCAAUUUGGGAACAUUUCCAUUUCAAUCACAAUUUAAUGUGGAACUUCAGCGAUGUGGAUUGACUAGAGCCCUUAGUUCUGUGUUCUUCUUCAAACUCUUAAAUAAAAUUCUACUGACUAUU